GCACCACUGAAGAGCAUCUUUGGUUGUCUCUCCGGCGUAGUGGAAUUAAAAUAUGAGAAUGGUUGCUGCAAUAUACGUUUAGAUAACCCCCCAACUGUCUGGUUAAUCUCUUCGUUUUUAUUCUCUGAAGAAGCGUCUACACUAAAGAGACAUGAGCGGAGCUGCAUUCCCUUCGCCCACGUCAGAGAUGGCCGAAAUCAACCGGAUCCACUAUGAGCUCGAGUACACGGAGGGAAUCAGUCAGCGUAUGCGAAUCCCAGAGAUGCUGAAAGUUGGCCCCUACGGGUCUGAUGACCCAGAGGCUGGCUACCAAGACGGUCACCACAGUGCCAUGAUGCAAGUCCCAGAGAGGAUUGUGGUGGCAGGAGACAACGAGGAGUCUCAGUUCUCCCGGCCCAGAGACCUGGACCUGAUUCAGUCCACGCCACUGGAGACCCUUUCGCUGAAGACCCCUCCUCGGGUCCUCACCCUCAGCGAGAGGCCCCUGGACUUCAUGGAGAUGGAGCAAAGUGCUUCCCCAGCUCAGCCCAGUGAGGAGAUGCGCUCCCAAGGGCGGUUGCGGAGGGAACGCUCAGCGAGCGAGAACCUUGCUGUUCGUCACAACGGUCAGGUGGCCAGAAGUGAUUCCACGGUGACCCAGUCCCCCCCAGCACCUGGCCGUGCUUGUCCCCCUUCCUCUGUGGCUGAGCAUGGACAGGACCUCUACAGUGCUAGUGGCGUCCUGUCUUUCCUUCAGUCCACCACGCGCCGGGCUUACCACCAGGUACUGGAGGUCCUGGAUGAGACCCACCACAGCAAACCGUCUCUGAGAGGGGGGUCGGGAGCGACCUCUAACCUCUUGCAUGAUUCCAGGUCGGCACUGUCUGUACUGGACACCACGCUGGACGUAGCCCCUGACGACAUGGCUGUUAUCGAUGCUGCGACCCUCCGCCGUCAGAUCAUCAAGCUGAACCGGAGGCUUCAGCUCCUAGAGGAGGAGAAUAAGGAGCGGGCCAAACGUGAGAUGGUCAUGUAUUCGGUCACUGUAGCUUUCUGGCUGAUCAACAGCUGGGUGUGGCUCCGACGCUAGUGCUGCCAAAUUAGAGUGAGGGCCUCAGAAUGGCCGUGUCACUGCUUUGUUUUUGUUUUUCGUGUCAAAUGUUAGCUGACUCUACUCUUUGCACUUAGUCCUUGCACUGUCCUGCUGUGUGCACAAUUAGACGUGUUGUGCAAAGGGAUUCUUUUCAUUAACUGUAUAUCAUGGAUGUACUGUUUUUUUAUUUUUCUUUAUUUUUUUACAGUUCUGUAUUAUUGAUUUUUGUAUUUCUGUUUUCUAUGAACAUAUUCUGAGGUCACAAAUGCAAAGAGAGCUGUAAAUACUUGUUCAUGCUUCUAAUAAUUGUGCUAGAAUUAUCUCCAGCCAAUAAUGGGACUCAAGGAAAUGAAGACGAGUAGAAACGGGCUCAGUGUUGCUUACCUUUUAUUGGAAGUUGGAGGGAGAUGUGAAUAUAUUUGACAAAUAUGUUCUAUUGUAAAAUAAAACCUGAGACAUUUACUGAUGUUUAAUAGAUGUUUGCUGCAAUCAAGAACACACUGUUGGUAUUGUUUUUCAGCAGAUGCAUGGCCCAUAUCCAUCAAGCCACUGGCAUGUUAUGUAAUUCUUUCUCAUGUUUUUUAAAAUAAUUUAAUUGGAAAGGUUUUUAUGACCACAGGUUUAUGUUAUUCUACCAUAACCAAUCAUUAUAAUAAAAAUUAUACAUUUUAUUUUAUUAAAUACCUACA